GAAAGUGACCACAGCCGAAGCCUAUCCAGCCCUCUGAGCGGUGGGACCGCGACCAAACGGACUCGUUCACCCCCGGUGACUGUUUACCACCUGAGAGAGACACCGAGCGCAGCAGCAGAGGGAGGGAGGGACGCUCGCUUUGGGAGCAGAUUGCUUGUGAAGGAAUCACUGUGGCUGCUUUUUCUGUGUUUUUUUUUCUUAGUGGGGUAAUUGCGCACAGCGGAUCCAUGAAGACGCAGACAGGUUUUUCACUCUGGGCACCAGCAGACAGCGGGAACAGGGAGUGAUUCACCCCGCUGCCUCCAGCCACCCAUGCCGGGCAUUAGCUCCACCGCUCCUCGUUAUGAAAACCGGGACAUGGACCACCUCGACCACUACCAACAUUAUUUCUACGACGACCACGACCCGGACGAGGAUUUCUUCAAGUCCACUGCGCCCAGCGAGGACAUAUGGAAGAAAUUCGAGCUGGUGCCGACCCCGCCCAUGUCCCCUAUCCGGGCGGUGGAAGGGUCGGGCAGGGUCGGACUGCUCUACCCGUCUCUCGGAGACAAGCUGGAGUGGGUGUCCCAGUUCUUGGGGCAGGAGGAUGAGCAGCAGCAGCAUCAGCAGGAUGUGCCGUGCAAGCUGGCUACGACCGGCGAUUCGUUCGGGAACCUAAGCUCCAUCAUCAUCCAGGACUGCAUGUGGAGCGGCUUCUCGGCCGGACAGCAGCUGGAGAGAGUUGUAGGGGAGCGGUACUCUGCCUGUCCCGGGACCGGAGUGGCCGCUAAAGUCGCAGCCGGGUCCGCACUCACCUCCCCCGGGAGGGUGCAGAGUGGCCCCGGUGACACUGUUGCCCUCGGCGGCUUGGCUGCGGACUGCGUGGACCCCGCCGCGGUUCUCACGUUCCCCAUAACAGGCGGAUGCAAGAAACAAGUGUCUUCUGGUUCCGAGUCACAGAGCGACUCUUCAGAUGAUGAUGACGACAAAGAUGAGGAUGAAGAGGAGAUUGAUGUGGUCACGGUGGAGCACAAGCAGCAGCGUAAACCUCGCCGACUGGUCAACACCCGCAAGCCAGUGACCAUCACGGUGCGAGCUGACCCCUUCGACCCCGGCAUGAAGCGUUUCCACAUCUCCAUCCACCAACAGCAGCACAACUACGCCGCCCCCUCCCCGGACACUCUGCCGACAGCGCCCGAGCCGCCGCGGAAGAGAGUUCGGCAGGAGAACGCAUCGGCUCAGGCGACGCCGCCGCCUGCCCAGAACUCUAGUUCCCACCAGCCCCGGCCUGGCCACGCCCCGCUGAACUUGGACAGCAGAAAGCCUCACGUGACCGUGGCCAGGUCGGAGUCACCUAACCUCAGCGCCUCCUCUCCUACCUCCUCCGCCUCGCCGUCAUCUCCUUCCUCCUCCUCCUCAUCCCACCCCCAGAGCUCCCCUUCAAAGCCCCCCUCCUUCUUGCACCUCUCUAGCCCGCAGUCGUCCGACUGCGAGGACACCGACAAGCGCAAGGCGCACAACUUUCUUGAGCGCAAGCGGCGGAACGACCUGCGCUCGCGUUUCCUGUCGCUGCGGGACGAGAUCCCGGGCUUGGCGGACUGCCCCAAGACUCCCAAGGUGGCCAUCCUGACCCGAGCCACCGAGUACCUGCAGCAGCUGCACGCCAGCGACCGACAGAAGGCUCAGGAGAGGAAGCAGCUGAAAGCCCGGCAGCUGCAGCUGCUGCAGAGGCUGGCGCAGCUUAAGCGCUCCUGAAUCUGACCCGGCACCUCACACGUACACUCACAGGACUGAACGGGACUCUGUGAGGAUGAAAAAACACUAAUGUUCACUUGGAAUAGUGCGGGUGGAUUUCAUUUUUUUCCUUUUCUUUUGUUUUUCUUGUUUUUGUUUGUUUUGUGGUUUGCACAUUAGCUUCUGAGUGACUGACGAGGCCACAAGCCGUCAUGACAGCAAGCUUAGGGACUGAUGAUCGCACGGGGGCAUCCGUGGAUCGGUGUAUGCGUGGGCUUUCAGUUUUAGGUUUGUCCAGCCCCCCCCCCCAUCAUGAAAUAUUGUCCACACUGUCGCUCGUUACGGCCUGCCGCGUUUGUUUGACGAAACUGCCGCGACUGUGUCGUUAACUGCUGCACCGCCUCCUCGAUUGUGACAGACUCUUGUCGCGCUUGCACAGCUGCGACAUCUCCCUGCGAUGUCUUUGUGUACUUUCCAUCACAUGGCCCCCAAGUUCUUGAUAUCCAACAUGUUGACCCUUUGUUUUUCUUUUUAUCUGUCAUUGUCCUCAAAUCUCUUUCCCUUUCUUGUUUUCGUCACACUACUUCCAUCCCCUACCCCCUUUCUAACC